CUUACCCCACAUUCAAGCAAGGUUCAGCUGGGCUUGGCUUUGGCGGGGUUCUGUUUGGCACGAGCACCAUUUCCAGCUCCACCACAGCACCGAGCACCAAACUUGCCAUCAAAGAACAAGGUUGUCCGGUGACCAGUCGUGUCCAGAUAUCGCCAACAUGGCGUCCGAAGUUGGUGAUGCCAUGAGUCGGCUUCAGUUGGCAGGUCUCAGCUCGCUUGAAGAAAUUGACGACAUCCUCUUCCAACCCGACGCCCGAGCACCACGAACGGACGAUGGAGGGACAGAUGCCGACGAGCUACGAAAAGCCCUCGAGGCGAAAUACCUGACGCCGUCAACCACAUUUUCUACCGAGUGGCUGAACCGGCUACAGCAGCGCUGGGAGACGCCUAAUGAUCCGUCUCUCCUCUUCCGCAUCGCACCCCCCCAGUCGCGCACCGUCACGCGUUUCAUUCGCCAUGGCCUCGAAGGACGUGUCACCGGCUACCGCAACGUCACCGUGCCGGCCUCGCACGCGACCGCUAAGACGAGCACCUCGAUGAUGCGCAAGCCCGCGGGCCGCGCCGACUUUGUACGCGGCGCGGCCGGCUUCUUUCCCUUCGCGCCCGGCGGUAUUGACGGCAUCGAGUCGACGGCUGCGCUCGAGGACCAGCUGCGCAUAUCAUCCGCCGAUGCAGACGAAGGGGGAGAUUCCAAGAAGAAGCUCGAAAAGAUUAUCAAGAUCGGCUCUGUUGGGGGCCUCCUCGAGGUUGCUCCUGGCUUGUCGAGGGGUAUCGAUUUCAGCAAACGGACGAAGUCUGCGGAUGCCGAAACGGAGCGGCAGGAGAAGGAGCUCGAAGAGGUUCUCGAUCAAGAGCCGGUAGAUGCCCCAGAUGGAGAACUGGAGGACGGCGGACCCCCGGCGGCCAAUGGCGCUGCCAAGGAUCAGGACCAGGAUGAUGAUGAACAAGACGUGGAGGAUAUUGACGCCAUGCUGCCCGUCGAGUUUCCCGCGUUUGAACCCCGUGGCACCCUCGCAGCGUCCAGUGUUAGAAAGGCUGGCCGCGAGUGGGCGCACAUGGUUGAAAUCAAGCGAGAGAUGCCAAACUUCCGGGAGUUGGUGCCUGACAUGGCCAGGGAAUGGCCUUUCGAGCUCGACACGUUCCAGAAGGAGGCCAUCUACCACCUUGAGAACGGAGACUCGGUGUUCGUGGCCGCACAUACCUCGGCCGGCAAAACAGUUGUCGCCGAGUACGCUAUCGCCCUGGCUGCGAAGCACAUGACCAAAGCCAUCUAUACUUCGCCCAUCAAGGCGCUUAGCAACCAAAAGUUCCGCGACUUCAGACUCACGUUCGACGAGGUAGGCAUCUUGACCGGAGAUGUACAGAUCAACCCUGAUGCUAGUUGCCUCAUCAUGACGACCGAGAUUCUACGGAGCAUGCUCUACCGCGGAGCCGAUCUAAUCCGCGAUGUCGAGUUCGUUAUCUUUGAUGAGGUGCACUAUGUCAACGAUUUUGAGCGCGGUGUCGUCUGGGAAGAGGUCAUCAUCAUGCUACCGUCGCAUAUAUCGCUCAUCCUCCUGUCGGCCACUGUCCCCAACACUCACGAGUUCGCAUCCUGGGUGGGACGGACCAAGCAGAGGGAUAUAUAUGUUAUCUCGACGCCAAAAAGACCUGUGCCCUUGGAACACUACCUAUGGGCCGGCAAGAACAUCCACAAGAUUGUGGACGCGGACAAAAAAUUCAUCGAAAAGGGUUGGAAGGACGCCGAUGCCGCGGUUCGUGGCAAGGGCAAGCUUAAGGCGGCUGAUUCGCCAGCUUUCCGUGGUGGUGGUAAUGCACGCGGCGGCGGUCCUCGGGGUGGUGCACAGCGGGGCGCAAAUCAGCAACGAGGUGGCAGAGGCGGCGGGCCGCAACGAGGAAGAGGCGGGCCGCCUCGCGCAAGCCAUACCCCUGGACACAUGGGCCGGACAGGUAGACAGGGAGGCUUCACGUCAGCUGCCCAGGACAAGACCCUUUGGGUGCAUCUGGUCCAGUUCCUAAAGAAAGAAACCCUUCUGCCCGCCUGCAUCUUUGUAUUCUCCAAGAAGCGAUGCGAGGAGAACGCCGAUGCCUUGAGCAACCAGGACUUCUGCACCGCAAACGAGAAGAGCGCCGUCCACAUGAUUAUUGAGAGAUCAAUUGCGCGUCUGAAGCCAGAGGACCGGGUUCUUCCCCAAAUCAUCCGCCUACGCGAUCUCCUCGGACGGGGUAUUGCCGUUCACCACGGCGGGUUGCUCCCCAUUGUGAAGGAACUUGUGGAAAUACUAUUCGCACAGACCCUAGUAAAGGUUCUCUUCGCCACCGAGACCUUUGCCAUGGGCCUGAACUUGCCGACGAGGACUGUCGUCUUCUCCGGGUACCGCAAGCAUGACGGCCAUUCGUUCCGGAAUCUACUCCCCGGGGAGUAUACCCAGAUGGCUGGCAGAGCAGGGAGACGUGGUCUCGAUACUGUCGGCUCCGUCAUUAUCGUUCCGCCGGGCGGGGACGAAGCUCCCCCCGUCACCGAUCUCCGUCUGAUGAUUCUGGGCGAGCCUAGCAAGCUCCGCUCACAAUUCCGACUGACGUACAACAUGAUUCUCAACCUUCUACGCGUGGAGGCGCUCAAGAUCGAAGAAAUGAUUAAGCGUAGUUUCUCCGAGCACGCCACGCAACAGCUGCUCCCUGAGCACGAGAAGGCUGUGAAGGUGUCCGAAGCGGACUUGGCAAAGAUCAAGAGAGACGCGUGCGCCACCUGCGAUGUGGACAUGGACGAAUGCCACCAGGCUGGAGAGGACUUUAAGCAGCUCACCGAGGACUUGUACCGCGGAAUGCUGGCCAUACCCAUCGGCCGCAAGAUGUUCACCCAGGGACGACUCAUUGUGUGGAUGAAGGACGGCGUGCGCACUCCUGGCAUACUGCUUGCAGAAGGGGCCAGCGUCAAGAGCAGCGCGGCCAGCCCCACCUUCCACGUUCUUGAGAUCAAGACAAACAGGGAGGUCCGCAACGAUACGGACCUGCUCCCCUUCAUCCCCUCGUUGCGCAAGCACUACACCCCUUUACCCCAGAACAAGAAGCACAUUUUGACCAAAACUCUUCAUGUGCCUCUGGCCGAUCUCGUUUGCCUUACGAGGCAUGUCACCAAGGGUGUUCUUCCCGACAUCUUUGGCGGGGAAGGCUACCCCAAGGCGAAGGACAUCCUGCAUCACAUCUGCAGGUCGUGGACGACGGACAUAUGGGACGAGAUGGAUCUUAGCAGGAUCAAGAGUCUUUAUAUGCACGACAUCAUGAGCAAAAGACGAGAAGUCGAAGCCAAGGUGUCCCGCUCCACGGCCGCGACAUGCCCCCAGUUUCUCAAGCACUAUGCCAUGUGCCACGACCAGUGGCUCAUCAAGACGCAGAUUGAACAGCUGCGGCAGAUGCUGUCAAACCAGAAUCUUCAGCUGCUCCCCGACUACGAGCAGCGCAUCCUGGUCCUCAAGGAUUUGUCAUUCAUCGACGACGCUAGCCGCAUCCUGAUCAAGGGGAAGGUGGCAUGCGAGAUCCACUCAGGCGACGAGCUCGUGCUAACAGAGCUAAUCCUCGACAACGUGCUAGCUGACUACGAACCAGCCGAGAUCGCCGCGCUGCUCUCGGCUUUUGUGUUCCAGGAGAAGACGGGCUCGGUGCCGACGCUGACAGGCAACCUCGAGUGCGGCAUGAAGACCAUCAUCGAGCUGUCGGAGAAGGUCAACAACAUCCAGACGGUGCACCAGGUCAUCCAGUCGUCCGAGGAGAGCAACGACUUUGCCAGCAAGCCGCGCUUCGGCCUCAUGGAGGUCGUCUACGAGUGGGCUCGCGGCAUGAGCUUCAAGAACAUCACAGGCCUGACCGACGUGCUCGAGGGCACAAUCGUCCGCACCAUUACCCGCCUCGACGAGACUUGCAGGGAGGUCAAGAACGCCGCCCGUAUCAUCGGAGACCCGGAGCUGUACCAGAAGAUGGCCGCCGCGCAGGAAAUGAUCCGCCGCGAUAUUACCGCCGUGGCCAGCUUAUACAUGUGAUGUACAUAGCGCCGGC